AUGCGACGACAGCCGCUGCAAGACGCUGCUACCAACAGCUCCCUUUCGCUAUCUGCAGGCUGCAACGAUAGUAGUAGCACUCCAAAGAAUUCGCGUUUUUCGACCAUGACGCAGCCCCUGUCGCUCUUGACGGGAAGAGAAAAUACACUCCGAAGUGGCCGUUCCCAGAGCAGCAGCAGCAGUCUGUUUGCGGGGAAGAGCAAAAAGUCCCGAGCCAAGAGCUUGCUGGGCAAUGUGUUUGAUAGCUUUAGGCGGAGCAACAGUUCCUCCGACGACAACAACAAACCGUCGGCUCUGGCAGCGCACCUGUCCUUGUUGGAUCAUCGCGAGCAGUGGGGAGCUCAAUCGGAAUCACUCUACAAGCAGCAAAUACCGGAGCACCAGAUGCUGGAGAGUCGGGAUAUCAGUCAAACCAGUGCUUUGACAGACUCGGAAACUUCUUCUCCGCUAUUUGAACAUGACAUUACGGGUGGUGACUGUGUAGGUCGUCGAGUGGUGCUGUCUAGCCCUAGCACAAAAGAAGACUCUCUCAAAGCUCUCGCAACAAAGAAAAAGGAAAAGCAACAACAACAUGUUGGAGCCACCAAACUCCAGGCUCUCUUUCGUGGGUACCGACAGCGCUACGCUUUUCGCAUGAUGCUGUUGCAUCGAAAAUUGGAACAAAUUGAACAACUGAAACAACGCCAAUUGGCCAAACUGGUACAUCGUUUCAAGCAUCGAAAAAAAGCAGAGAAAUCCAUGGUGGAAUUUGAACACUGCAAAGUGAAUCGACAAUUGCAGCGCUUUACGCGGAUCAUUCCCUGGCUCUUUCGGGAUGCCCAAGCCAAAUUGGCAGAGAAUGUUCAGAUGAUCAGUAGUAGCAGAAUCCCAGGGGAUGAACAUGCACUCCAUGUUCCAAGCCUCUUGGAAUCUCACUCCACACUGCAGAACAUUGCUCAUAUGUACCUGGAAACUUUGGAAGAUCUACCAGGUAUUUGGGAAGCGUUGAAGGCCCAAUGGAUGGGACCCAAGAAACCCAGAACUCGGCGCAUCUUUGGACCCGAUGGGAAACCCAAGAGGGUCGAUCGGAUCAAGCCGGAGCAGUUUAACACUCAUGAUGAGGAUUUGCCUUUGGACACCUCCAGUCCCAUUCCUAUGAUGCAACGAAAGGAAUCACUUCCCAACAUUGACCUGUUUGAGACGCUGCGUCGGCAUGCCGACAAGGUGGAAGCGUCAACGGCCGCCAAGGAUGUGGACAAUGCUGUGGAACAAGUCAAUGCCGUCCUUGGCGCACUUUGUUUGAACUAG